AUGAGUGGUGUACAAAAACAGAAUCAACAGUCCAAAAAUGAUGCUGCUGCUAAAAAGUUUGUGAAUGAUCUGAUUUCCUCCAAUUCAAAGCAAUUAUUGAAUGCUUAUGUCUAUGAUUUUUUAAUAAAAUCCUCACUUCCACAAACCGCACAAACUUUUAUUAAAGAAGCUGAUGUUCCAACUGAUAACAACCAAAAUAAAGUGGUCAAAACACCUCCUCAGAAAGAUUUAUUACCAUUGGCAAUAUCUAUGGAUGCUCCACAAGGUUUUCUUUAUGAAUGGUGGCAAAUCUUUUGGGAUGUUUUCAAUGCAAGAACACAUAGAGGUGGAUCUGAAAAUGCUCAACAUUAUUAUCAAUUACAACUAGUUCGUCAAAGAAAAGAACAUGCAUUACAUAGCUCAACAUUCCAUGCUGCUCAUGCUCAAGCUCAAGGUUUCUCUGGGAUGCAAACACUUCAUAAUCCUCCAAAUCCUCAACAGCAACAACAAUUGUUAAUACAACAACAGCAUCAACAACAGUUAUUGGCUCAGCAUAGAAAUCAAACACAAGGCCAAAUACCAGGUCAACUUCCUCAACACCCUGGAGGUGCUACAAAUGUCCAAGCUGGUCCAUUUGGUGGUGCGUCAAAUUUUGGAGCAGGUGCUGGUGCUGCAAUUGGAGGUCAAUUUGGUCAACAUCAACAACAUCAACAACAACAAAAUGAUGCAAAUAAUUUUAUGUCUCCUCAUAGUCAGCCCUUACAACCUUCACAGACUCAACAGGAAGUUCAGCAACACUUCCAACAACAUCAAAACCAGCUGCUGGCAAAUCAAAAAAGAGUGAAUAUUCCUACUGGUCCUGGUUCUAUUCCUCCAAGUUAUGCAAGACUUCAACAACAACAAGCUCAGGCUCAAUUUCAAAUGAAUCAAAUGAGACAACAACAGCAACAGCAAUUUCCACAGUUUCAACAAUUUAAAGCUCCUACAAUCCCUGGACCACCUUAUGGACCUCAACCUCCAACACCUGUUGUUUCUAAUGGUGCUAAUACACCAAAUUCAACUAAUAAUACUAAACAAAGAUCUGGCGGUGCAAGUCCAAACAAGAAACCAAAAUUGGACAAUUCAAGCAAUCAUCCUUCACCAUUAACUGCAGGCUCUCCUGUUAAUGCAAAUGCUAAUAAGAAUGAUAAUACUUCACCAGGUUCAUCUUCAAACUUGAAAAAUUCUACUACAAAUCAAGGCAAUUCUUCAAAUCCAAGUCCAUUAAUAAAUCAACAAGAAAAAGAUUCAAAUUCAUCAUCAAGUACUAUUGCAUUACAAGAUUAUCAAAUGCAACUGAUGCUGUUGGAACGUGAAAAUAAAAGAAUGCUGGAUGGUUCUAAGAAAGACAGUUUAAGUAAUGGUAAUGAAAAGAAAAAGAGUCCAUUGAACUCAAAGAUGCCACCACCAAAGAAAAAUUUGAAAAAUGGUACACCCUCAUCAUCACCUGCUGUUGGAAACAAUAAAUCAAUUGAAAAUGGUACCAAAACUACUGCCAAUGGCCGAAAGAAGAAGGAACCAGCUAAAAGAAAAAGUAAGAAGAAUGCUGCAUUAAAUAAUAACAACAAUACAUCUGAACCACCAACUCCAACUACUCCAUUGACACCAAAUGCAGUCGGAAACAGCAACAACAAUAACAAUAAUACUGCAGCCGUUAAGAAGGAAUCUAAUUUAAAAGAAGAAAAGGCUUCAUCACAACUGACUCCACCUAACUCUGAAAAUGCAACAAACACAAAUACAGAUGAACAACAAGCUCAAUCUCAACAACCUCAAGAUGAAAGUCAACCUCAAGAACCAACCUUGUCACAAUCAGAUGAUAAAGAUAUCACUAAACCUAGCGAUGAAAUGCUGGGUGGUUCUCAAAUGCUUUCAGGUCAUAAUUCACAUGCUAUUUCAAAUGAUCUGUACAAUGAUUUCCCAUUAUCAGACUUUUCAAAUGAUCUGGCUGGUGACGAUAAUUUCAACUUGGAAAAUUUUUUGAAUACUGAUGGUGGCGAGUUGAGUAACUUCGAUAGCUAUUGGAAAGACAGUGUUGAAGCAACUGAUUGA